CUGAUUCGCUGCCUCUGAAUCUGCUCCCACAAUUCAACAGGCAACAAAGGAAGAAAGGAAGAGGCCACAGAGCUACCAGGUGUUAGCCGAGCCCAGGCUGCGAGAUGACACCUUAUCGUGUCAUUCUGCUCGACACGUUCAGAAAAACCUCCGGAUCCGGACUGAUGCACAGCUGGAUGCUUCCGUUCGAGCGCAGGAGCUGAGUAGAGCAAAGCAUCAAAUGAAAGGUGGUGGAAGUGGAACUUGACCCAUCCAACUGAGUCACCAUUUUCCUGCACAUAAUGGGUUCCAUGGUUCCACUGUAUGCAUGACUUGUUUUGUGUGGCCUGAUGGGAGGACACUGUGGAUAGUACUUUCAUCGGGAUACCAGCAGAGCUAUCCCAUGCCGCCACUUUGGAGGGCCUGUCAGAAUGAAGAAGAUAAGCCUUAAGACCAUCCGCAAGUCCCUCAGCAUAAAGGGCAAAGAGGAGGGUGACUUUGUCAUGCUCCAGCAGCCCUCAGUGACUCCAGAGUUUUCGAAGGAAGAGUCACUUUUUGGGGGCUGCUACACCAAAGAGCAUGCUGGCUGUGACCUUGGUGGAGAAGAGGACAAGGGGGGUCAGAAUAAGGGUCGCUCAAAGAGUGAGAGUCUGAUGGGAUCACUGAAGAGGAGGCUGUCUGCCAAGGUGAAAGUGAAAGGUGGCUCCUCUGCUAUAGGCUCAGUGGAUGAUGAUGACACAUUCUCGUCCUCCUCUGUGCCGAUCAGCUUCAGCGACAUGAAAGCCCAGAGACCCCUUAGAUCUGCAUCCUUACGAAGUCACCAUUAUAGCCCCUCACCGUGGCCUCUGCGAUCAGUCAACUCUGAUGAUUCAUGUAUUAAGGUGGAUCUAAAAGUUAAAGCCAUGGUUCACUCACCCAGCCCCAGUCCCAGCUUAAAUGGUGUCCGGAAAGAAUUUCAUGAUUUCCAGAUGGAAGGGCUCUUUCAUGACCAAGCAGAAUCCUUAAAGAAUCUCCAGCAGCCACAAAACGGUGAGCUGCAUCUAAAUAUUGAUGAAAAUGAUGUGCCUGUGGUGCUGGGGUUGACUCCCCAGGACUACAUCCAGUACACAAUGCCUUUAGAUGAGGGAAUGUACCCGGAAGGGUCCCACUCUUUCUGCAUGGACAGCUCCUCUCCUAUGGAGGUGGUGACUGAAGCAGACAAUGGGUCCCUCCACACAGACCAGGGACAAGAGGAACAUGAACUGGUGUGUGAAAUGCCUCCGGAUCUCUUCAUGGAAACCUCAGUUAAUAGUCUUCUCCUCGGUUCCGCUGGUGUAAUGCUCCAAAGCUCUAGAGUAGAGGUCCCGCCUCCCCUCUCUCCACUCCUGCCACCCAUGACAAGUAAUGGACAUAUCCCCAGGACCUUUUCUGGGUUCAGUUCUUCAGACAGUCAGGUAGCUGAGAGAGUAAGACAUCACCUAAACUUUGACCCAAAUUCAGCUCCUGGGGUAAGUCGGGUAUAUGACUCAGUUCAGAGUAGCGGGCCAAUGGUCGUGACCAGCCUGACGGAGGAGCUGAAGAAGCUGGCAAGGCAGGGCUGGUACUGGGGCCCCAUCACACGCUGGGAGGCAGAGGAAAAGCUAGUCAACUUGGCUGAUGGCUCAUUCCUGGUCCGAGACAGCUCAGAUGACAGGUACCUGCUCAGCCUGAGUUUCAGGUCACAGGGCAAAACCCUCCACACCCGCAUCGAACACUCCAACGGGCGCUUCAGCUUCUACGAGCAGCCCGACGUUGAGGGACACACGUCCAUUGUCGACUUAAUCGAACACUCUAUCAAAGACUCAGAGAAUGGAGCUUUUUGCUAUUCCAGGUCUCGUCUACCAGGGUCUGCAACCUACCCAGUCAGACUAACCAACCCAGUAUCUCGGUUUAUGCAAGUGCGCUCCCUGCAGUACCUUUGUCGCUUUGUCAUUAGACAAUACACAAGAAUAGACCUUAUCCAGAAACUGCCCUUACCUAACAAGAUGAAAGAUUAUCUGCAGGAGAAGCACUACUGAGGUCACACACAGGACAGUGGUAGCAAUUUGCACUUUUGUGUUCAGUUAAGAGAUUCAAACAAGGUUUACAGACAACCACAGUUUUGAGAUGAUUGGUUCCGGUGGUUCUUGAUUUGUGUCCAGGUGACUGUUUGGUCCUCCAUUCCACUGUUCUGGGGUUUUUCUCUGGUUGUAGGAGGCUCUACUUCCAGAAGCAUAGGCCAGCACAUAAUCUAUCGCAAAAAUAUAGCAGAGGUUGACAGCCAAGUUACCAUAGUUUCAUACUUUAAAUGUAGACACUAGGCAUGUAUUGUGAUGUACUGUGUGUAACAUCGAGCUGUGCAAGUAGAUUGCUUUUUCAGAAAUCUGCCAUCUGCAUAUAUGUUGGGCCAGUGAGGAAAAAUAAUAUUCCACCGUCAAUUUGAAAAUUCAUCGAAUUUCAUCCACUACAUGAUACAUUUCAGAGAUGGUUUCAAGGAAUAGUAUUGCUACAGUGAACCAUUUUAAUCAAAUGUUAGGCUCUCUGCAGACUGACUGAGUUUGUUCGUCUUUUGCAUCGUAUUAUUUCUUGGCUUCUACAACAUUACCAUGUUCCUCAGCAUGAUCUGAACACCACCCUUCAUUCACUAUAUGCAGGUAACAGUUAAAAUUGCAACAAAUGGCCAAUCUUUAUUUUGCCCAAAAUUUCAUUCAUCCAAUUUCAGACUUGAAGCUUAACUACUUUUCCAGUGGAUGCAUUUUCUUCAUAAAGUAUUAAAAGUCAUGGCACUUUUCACUAGACAUAAAAUUUGUUCUUCAGUAUGAUCAGACCAGUCUGCUUUUUAGCUAGUCAUGUUUUAGUUUUUUUUACCGUUACCUGUUCUGGUGUACAAAGAGGGAUGUUUUCAAACUCCAGCCACAUAUCAAUUUAAAAAGUGUAAGAUCCCUGUCAGAGUCACAUCAGUUCACUGGGUCCACAACAUUAACAUUAUGAUGCAAAACAUGUCCAAGUUAUGUUAGUUUGUCAGAGUAGCUUUGAAUUGUAUGGCUGCAUGUAGCCAUUAUAUAAUGUGCAAGCCUAAAGGUACUAAUGAUGCUGGAUUUUCAUGUUGUGCUGUUUGUAGAAACGGCAAUUAUUUGAUGUUUAGACGUUUUCAAAGUAUGUUAAUGUUAAAAAGUUCAAUCUUUCUGCAUUAGGAAUGUUACAAAAACUGCACAGCAGCUCAGGCCCAACAACUUUGUCACUGUGUGUAAUGCUUGUAUCUGCAUGUAGUAAAGGCUUUAAGACUGUCAAUUAAGGGCACAGUAGAGUUACUCUCAAUGAUUAAAGAUGUCACAGUAAGAGGGGGGAAGAUAUCGGCCGUGUUGUUUUAGUGCUACUCCUCAUAACAGGCUGUUCAAUGCACAAUUGCAUUAACCUGAAAUGGUUUAUAUGUAAAGAAAAUGACUCCUCAAUUACGCCACAGCUGAAAACAGAUUUGCAGUCAGUUGAGCUGAAUCUGCUUGUUGGGAUGACUGUGUCUUGGUCUCUGAAUAGCAGCAAUAAGCUGAACCCAGAUCACAGAAAUUAAAAAAAAUGGUGCAAAAACAUAUUUUGGGAAAGUAAGGGUUCGGUCCUCCUCACCAACUUGGAGUAAGGGUAGUUCCAUCAAAGCUGCAUGGCAUCAUUCGUGUCAUAUGGAUUUCAAGGACAUUGGGAUAAAAAGCAUAAGCCAUUGCUUAUUCACGUCGUCCACUGUCACCACCGAGCUGCAUUACCACACAGAUUGUCUCGCUUCUAGGCUGUUGUGCCAGAGUAAAGGGAAGAGCACACAGGAUGCUACGUAAGUGCUUUAUAUGGAUACUUUGACAGGGAAUUGUUUUUUUCACAAUAUGAAUGAGCAUCUUUUUUGACUUUAGUGUCCUUAAAAGUAUUUGGGAAAUGGUCUCUCGGACAACAUAAGUAGGUUGUUGGCGCAUAGUUCUAGUUUUAGUUAGCAAGAAAUGUCGGCGUCCGAGGAAGUGACCAUGGUUCUAGCACAGCAGAAAUUCAAAUAGGAACUUUGAAUGGUGUUGCAUGUUUAAAGACUUAGCAUUUUAAAGCUUUGAGUUGUAUAGGAAUGAAGGAUCUAGGAUGUGUGUUUGGCUGUGUUAAAGGAUGUUUUUUUUCUGUCACAAACAUUGGCUGGACAUUCUGUGUACACGAAAUGCAUUUUUCUUUUCAGUGAGUUAGUUUUUUUGAUAUUUGCCAUCUGGGGGAUGGGGGCUGUACAAAAGGAAUGUACGCUUGUUUGAGGUAUCCAUUUUAUCUGCCUGCAAACCAGUUUCAGAAAGCAUGAGAAUCAUAAAAAAAACUACAUUGACACAUUUUUGCACUUGAAAAUCCCCCACAACACACUUGGAUCCUCUCCUGCCAGGAGUUGUCCUUCAGAUGGCAUCUUGAAAAAAAAAAAGAGAAGAAACAAAGUCAUAUAUUUGUCUUUAUGUGUUCAUAUAAAUGUUUAGAUGAAGUCAAGAUUGUUUUGUUUCUGUCAUAUCUGUGGGAUAUAAAGGGUAAAGGCACCAGCAUCAUAUCUAAGCCUCUGCUAAUUCUCAUGGGCUGUCAGCGAAUGGGAUCACGGCAAGAAUGUGGAUGUAAACUUAAUUUGACAACUUCUUUUGGAUGCGUGUGUAUGUGUUUCAUUUGAAAUGUGAAAGUAAAAACGUUUUAGUCUUUUUUAAUACAAUGUUGUUUUAAUUGUAUUUCUGUAUUGAUUUGCAAUUGGUCAUCCAAGUUUGACGAGCAGGAACCAGUUUCUUAUGGCGUUGCUGCUGGGAUUUUUUUUUUAAUACUCAUAGUUUAUUAUUAAGCAUUAUUGCCUUCGAUGUUUGAUUCCAGAGGUCGAUGCUUGUUAAUAACAGCUGUCUAGCACUUAACAAGCUCCACGAUUUUUGUUUUGCAUGAAGGUGAUUGUUUACAACAUUGUUUGAAAAUACCCCAAUCUCUUU